AUGCUACAGUUCGGCCCGGGCGACACGCCACCGCAGACAGAGGAGACCCCGCAGGAGAGAAAGAAGAGAAGACUUGAGACUGCGAAUGCCAAGGAUAAGAAGGACUCGAAGAUUGACAAGCACAAAGGAAAAGAGGCGGAUCGCAAGAAGCAGACAAGAGCCUCGGCGGAAGAACCAAAACCCAAGAAGGAAUCUUGGAUGGUGCAAAAGGCCGCGCUUGAGAAGAAGUUUGGCGAUCAAGGCUGGCGGCCGCAAAAGAAGCUGUCACCAGACGCCAUUCAAGGAAUCCGGGCACUGCAUCAACAGUUCCCGGACGUCUACACCACGCCGGCGCUCGCGCAGCGUUUCGAGAUCUCGCCCGAGGCUAUCCGACGCAUACUCAAGUCCAAUUGGACACCUUCAGCAAAAGAGGAGGAAGACCGGCAGCAGCGCUGGUUCAAGCGGGGCAAGCAAAUCUGGGAACAGAAGGCUGAGCAGGGUACGAAGCCGCCCAAGAAGUGGCGCGAGGAGGGCGUCAAGCCCAACUGGGAUGCCAAGCGCGAGUUUGUCAAGAGAAAGAUGGAGUUUCGCCGGAGGGACAUGGAAGAGGAAGACUUUCCACCACCCAGGAGGUUCAACAACCGGCCUCGCCCGGCGUCGUAG